ACAUGUGAUGGAGCGGUAUCAGAUGGAUCAGUAAGGCUUGCACUUAUUAUUCAUUGAUUUGGAGAAAACGUAGAUAGAGUGCUUAGAGAUUUUUGGGAAACCCUAAAGAAGAAAUAGGGUAAGGUUGCCUUGCCUAUAUUCGUGCUAUCCAGGAUAUGUAUGAAGGAGACUCGACUAGUGUGAAGACACAAGCUGGAGAGACAGACAAUUUUUGCCUAACAGUAGGAUUGCACCAAGGUUCAACUCUAAGUCCUUACCUUUUUACUUUAGUUUUAGAUGUACAUACGAAGCACAUCCAAGAGGUAGCCACCGAGAUGUAUGCUUUUUGCAGAUAAUAUAGCCAUACUUGAAGAGUCGAAGUUUUAAUUUAAAUGAGAGGUUGGAACGAUGUUGUACUUAUCAGGAAACUGUAAAACCAGCGAUGUUGUAUGAGACAAAAUGGUGGGUUGUAAAGAACCAACACAAGAAUGAAUUAAGUGUAACUUAGAUGAGAAUGUUGCGUUGAAUAUGUGGCAAGAGUAGACAAGAUAAGAUUCAAUAUGACAAUAUUGAAGAACGUGCACCUAUUGUAGAAAAGAUGGUGUAAAAUAAGCUUAGGUUUUUUGGACAUGUAGAGAGAAGAUUUGUAGAUUAUGUAGUAAGGAGAAUAGAUCAGAUAUAAAAUAGUCAAACAACUAGAGGUAGAUGAAGACGCAAAUAAACUAUAAGAAAAACUAUUAAAAAAACAUCGAGAUUAACGAGUUGAAUAGAAACAUGAUCUUUGAUAGAAAUAUUAUGGCGUAAUUUGAUCCUUGUGGCCACUGUUAUCAGAAUCGCGAUCAGAAUCGCAAAAUCCAUGGAUUUUGCGAUUUUGCUCACCCUAAACGAUCUGAAUCGUGAGUAAAAUCCUAAUUCAGAGCAAAAUCCCAAUAAAAUCGCACAAAAUCGCAGAAUCGCAGCAAAAUCCGCGAUUUGAUAGGGAUUCCACCGAUUUUGGGCUUUUUUUUGUGGGUAAUUUUAGAAUGGGUAAAGGCGACCCAUUUCAUUUUUUGACCCGGUUUUAACCCUUUUUAUUUAAAAAAGGGGAAACCCUAUUUUAUAAUAUUUAUUUGCCGUACGUUUCAGCUUCUCACCAACGAAUUAUACGCUUCUAAAACACGUUUCUUUCUCCCUUCACGUCUUCAACCUAUCUCUGGUUCUUUCUCCUUCACGUCUUCAACCUUGUCUCCUCUGUUUUCAACCUUGCUUUCAUCUCUGUUUCAACAAUUUGUAAGUCUUCCUCUAUUUCAUCUCUGCUUUCAUCUCUGUUUCAACAAUCUCUGUUCUUCGUCGACGCGUCGGUUUAACUGAAGGUGUUUUUAUUUUGUUCAGUUUGUUUUAUACAGUAUUUAUUUUCACGUCGACGCGUCGGUUUAGAUUUUAGAUGGCUAGUAGCAGUUCCAUGUCGCCUUCUCUUGAAGGAUCAAACUCAAGUGUUGGGGGGGCUGUGAAACGCAAGAAUCCUCCAAAAAAUGCUUCUGGUGAAAAACAAGAUGUGGGGUGGCAGCAUUGUACUCUUGUAGACGAGAAAUCAAACAAAACAAAAUGCAACUAUUGUCAAAAAGUGAUUUCUGGUGGUAUUUAUCGACUGAAGCACCAUUUAGCGGGUACAAGUCACCAUGUUAUAACAUGUCCAUCUGUCCCGAGUGAUGUUCAACUACAAAUGUGGAAUCAUGUUAACAAGUUGCAAAGUAAUCUCAUCAACAAGAGAGGUAUGGCUGUGGCAGGUCAAGAGAUGCUAGAGAUUGAUGAUGCAAAAAGGAAAAAAAUUGUGUCUCCUGGUGAUAUUUUCAAGAGAGGGAUAACCAGCCAAACAACUAUCAACACUGCUUUUAAGAAGAAAGAGAAGGAUGCUACUGAUCUACAAGUUGCUACUUGUUUUUACAACAAUGCUCUUCCCUUCAAUGUUAUAAAAGAUGAAGAAUUUAUCAAAAUGUGUGAAAUGGUUGCUGGUUUUGGUAAAGGAUAUAAGUUACCGACUUACCAUGAUAUUAGAGAUAAGUUAUUGAAGAAAAAAGUUGAGGAAACACAUAAGAUAUUGGAGGAACAUAAAAAAGAUUGGAAAAAGUUUGGGUGUACAAUCAUGACUGAUGGAUGGACGGAUCAAAGAAGGAGGACUAUCAUAAACUUUUUGGUAAAUAGUCCAAAGGGAACUUUCUUUUUAAAGUCAAUUGAUGCCUCUGCCAUUUCAAAGACAGCUCAUAAAGUUUUUCAAAUGAUGGAUGACAUUGUUGAGGAAGUGGGUGAAGAAAAUGUUAUCCAAAUUGUAACCGACAAUGCUGCAAAUUAUAAGUUGGCUGGCCAGAUGUUAAUGGAGAAGAGGAAUAAGCUUUGUUGGACCCCUUGUGCAGCUCACUGCAUUGAUCUAAUGUUGGAGGACUUUGAGAGCAAGAUACCUAUGCAUAAAGAUACUAUUGUUGCAGGUAAAAAGAUCACAACUUACAUUUAUGCUAGGACUGGUCUUAUAACUUUAUUGCAUCACUUUACUGAAGGAGGUGAGUUGAUUAGACCCGGAAUCACACGUUUUGCAACCUCUUACUUAUGUUUGGGGUGCUUGAAUGAUAAGAGGGGAGCAUUGGUUAGGAUGUUCACUUCCAAGCAAUGGAAGGAUGGUCCAUUUGCCAAAACAAAGGAUGGAAAACUAGUUCAAAAUACAGUCCUAGACAAGGAUUUUUGGAAGAAUGUGGUUCUUUGUUUAAAGGCUGCAUUUCCAUUACUAAAAGUGUUGCGUAUGGUGGAUUCUGAUGAAGAACCAGCCAUGGGCUUGAUCUAUGAAGCAAUGGAUCAGGCGAAAGAGGAAAUACAAGUUGGGUACAACAAUAAGAGAAAAAGUUAUAAACCUGUAUGGGAUAUCAUUGACAAGAGAUGGGACAAACAAUUGCAUAGACCAUUGCAUGCUGCUGGCUAUUUUUUUAAUCCCAUGUUGCAUUACGGUCCUAAUUUCAAAGCUGAUAAAGAAGUUACGCAAGGGAUGUAUACAUGUUUAAAGAGAAUGAUGGGAGGAGAUAUGAGUAUGGUUAACAAGAUUGACGGUCAACUUGAGUUUUUUAAAGGUAAAAAGGGGUUCUUUGGAGAUGAAGUGGCUCAACUUGGACUAAAAAAUAAGACACCGGCUCAAUGGUGGGAAUCUUACGGUGGUGAACAUCCGGAGUUGCAAAACUUUGCCAUUCGUGUCUUAAGUUUAACAUGUAGUUCUUCUGGUUGUGAGAGGAACUGGAGUGCUUUUGAGAUGGUCCAUACCAAGAAAAGAAAUCGGCUAAAGCAAAAAACCAUGAAUGAUCUUGUGUAUGUGAUGGUAAAUUCAAGAUUGACCAAGAAAAAGGUGGAAAGGAGAAGAAGAGAAUUAACCAUUGAUGAUUUUCAAGAAGAUGAUGAUUGGUGGUAUGUUGCUGAGCAAGAAAAUGUAGUUGCUAAUCAGAUGAUGACUGAUUUAGAUGCUGAAUUGAUGCAUAUUAAUGAUACUACUAGUGCUACACAACCUACACUUGUAGAUGAAUUUGAUAUUGUUGAAGAUAUAGAAGAAAUUGACAACGAAGUUGAUGAUGGAAGUGGUGCAAGAGGUGAUGAUGAUGAUGAUGAUGAUGGCGGUGGUGGUGAUGAGAUUAAUGAAGAUGACAAUGCUGACAUUAUGGGAGAUGAUCCAAGUAGAUGGCGCAUUAGUGAUCUAAUUUAGCAUGUAGGCUUUAAGUAUUUUGUUUUAUAUUUAAGAUUUAAGACUUGGUUGUUUUAUGUUUGUUUUAUGAUUUAAACCUUUUGAUUUUGAGUACUUUUAUAUUUAAGAUUUGUGACUUGGUUAUUUUAUGAUUUUAAACUUAAUUAUAUAUCAUAGCUUUGCUUUCUUUCUAUUAAGUUUAAAAUAAUAUGUAGCUACAGAUUGACAGUUCUGACA